AUGAACAGUGCCGCUAUCCUGUCGUACCGGCACAUUGACCCAUCGGAAGUAGCGAUGACGCAGCGGGCACCGCUUUCCCACUGCCCGCUGUCCAAACUGAACCGGAAAGCUGUGUGUGUUCUCAACCACGAACUUCGAGCUCUUCGCGAGGCUUGCCUUCGCCUUGAUCUAUCCUACCAGCCGGGUAUCACUUUCAUUGUCGUACAAAAGCGACAUCACACUAGAUUGUUCUGUACUGAUCGCCGCGACCAAACUGGUCGCUCUGGGAAUAUCCCUGCUGGUACCACUGUAGAUCAAGUGAUCACACAUCCCACUCAAUUUGACUUCUACCUGUGUAGCCACGCUGGUAUACAAGGCACAUCACGCCCCAGUCACUAUCACGUUCUUUGGGAUGACAAUCAGUAUGCUGAAUAUGACAUCCGUAAUGGAGAUAAUUGA